AUUUAUUCUUCUAAUUAUUGAAGGAAAGGAGUUUCAUUUUUGUAGUUAAUUUUUUAUUUUUAUUCUUUGUUAUGGAAAAAUGCUUACAUCCUUGCAACGAAGCAAAAAUAAUUUACAAAAACAAUCAAAAAAAAUAACGAAGACUAGUAAAAAACAUGAAAUUAAUUCACAAGAAUGUUGAUAAAGGAGGGCAAGGGACCGUCGUUCUUAUACCAGAAGAAUCGGAGGACAUGUGGCACGCCUAUAAUUUGGUAGCAGAAGGUGAUAGCGUUCGUAGUACGACUAUACGCAAAGUGCAAAAUGAAACUGCUACUGGCUCAAGUACUAGCAGCCGAGUACGUACUACUCUAACUAUUAGUGUUGAAUCCAUAGAUUUUGAUACACAGGCAUGCGUUUUGCGACUCAAAGGUCGCAAUAUCGUUGAAAAUCAAUACGUAAAAAUGGGAGCUUAUCAUACUCUGGAUUUGGAACUAAAUCGUAAAUUUGAAUUGCGUAAACGAGAAUGGGAUACAAUAGCUUUAGAACGCAUAGAAAUGGCUUGCGACCCUACGCAAUCUGCCGACGUGGCUGCCGUUGUAAUGCAAGAAGGUUUGGCUCACGUGUGCCUUAUAACUCCUAGUAUGACUUUGGUUCGCAGCAAAAUUGAAGUUAAUAUACCUAGAAAACGCAAGGGUAAUAUACAACAGCACGAGAAGGGCUUGGCUAAGUUCUAUGAGAAUGUUAUGCAGAGCAUACUUCGCCAUGUUAACUUUGAUAUCGUAAAAUGUGUUAUAUUGGCAUCACCCGGUUUUGUAAGGGACCAAUUUUUUGAGUAUAUGUUUCAACAGGCCGUCAAAUUGGAUAUUAAAUUGUUGCUGGACAACAAAGGUAAAUUCAUGCUAGUGCAUUCUUCAUCCGGUUUCAAGCAUUCGCUUAAAGAAGUCCUACAAGAACCCGCGGUUAUGACUAAAAUAUCAGACACUAAAGCUGCGGGUGAAGUAAAAGUUCUAGAACAAUUUUACACUAUGCUUCAGUGUGAACCAUCAAAAGCGUUUUAUGGCAAAAAACAUGUGCUACGAGCUGCAGAAAGUAUGGCUAUUGAGACUUUAAUGAUAUCGGACAAUUUGUUUCGCUGUCAAGAUGUUAACCAACGUAAAGAGUAUGUUAAACUUGUCGAGAAUGUCCGAGAUGCCGGUGGUGAUGUGAAAAUUUUCUCAAGCAUGCAUAUUUCUGGCGAACAAUUGACACAACUUACAGGCAUAGCUGCUAUUUUGCGUUUUCCAAUGCCAGAACUCGAGGAUAGCGAUAGCGAUGAUGAAAAAGGUGCUCAAGACUCAGAAUCUAAAUAAAAAAAAAGUUUUUUACAAUAUUUUGUAUUAGUUUAUUUACUUUAUUUUCCGAUCUUC